AUUCCACUGCAAAAUAUCUCUUUACAUGCACAUAUAGAUAUACUAGUAAGUAGUAAAUAGUAAUCAACCCUUUGCACCUUCAAGUUUAUCCAAAUGGAAGCCACUCCUAGAGCUGAAAACAUUAAUAGCCUUGCCGAAGAAAUGAAGGCUUUCUUGGAAAGCAAGGAAGGAGUUAAAGGGCUGGUGGAUUCCGGGAUUACCAAGAUUCCCAGUUUCUUCAUCCGUCCUGCAGAUUCCAUGGAUGCCACCUUAGCCGCGCCGCACCUUCAGAUUCCGGAAAUAGACCUCAAAGGCUUCGAGGGCGAGCGCAGAAGGGAAAUCGUGGAUGCCAUACGUGAUGCAGCUCAAACUUGGGGCUUCUUCCGAAUGGUAAAUCACUGCGUUCCGAUUCCCACGAUGGAGAAUAUGAUAGACGCCAUUCGUCAGUUCCAUGAACAACCUCAAGACGUGAAGAAAGCUUGGUAUUCACGUAACGAAAGCGGACAGAGGCUCACCGACUGUAAUACCAACAUAAAGGCGGCAGCAUGGAGAGAUACUCUGGCACUUGAAUUCCCAGAUGGAGAAAUAAACGAACAAGCUAUACCUCAAGUUUGCAGGAAGGCAACGAGUGAGUACAUGAAACAUAUGGUGCAACUGAAGGAUACAUUAUCUGAACUGAUAUCGGAGGCUUUGGGGCUAAGGAGACACUACUUGGCAAGCAUUAAAUGCAUGAAACGUGCUCUUAUUCAAUGCCAUUAUCAUCCUCCAUGUCCUCAGCCUGAGCUGACCUUAGGCACAUCCACCCAUACCGAUCCAUCGUUUUUAACUAUACUUUUGGAAAAUAAUAUCGAUCGACUCCAAGUUCUUCAUCAGGAUCAGUGGGUCAAUGUGCCUCAUCGCCAUGGAUAUCUAAUUGCCAAUAUUGGCGACUUUUUGCAGAUUGUUUCAAAUGACAAGUUCAAAAGUGCAACACAUAGAGUAUUAGCCGGAAGCGUGGGUCCAAGAAUCUCUGCUGCAUGUUGCUUUGCUCCGAUGCCCGCUCUUAAAGAUAAACCAUAUGGAGCAGCCGAGGAACUUGUGACGGCGGAUAAUCCACCCAUUUACAAAAGAACAAGCUUGCACCAAUAUCUCUCUUGUUACAAGUUGAAUGGAAAAGAUGCCAGGCUAGUCCUCCCUCAUUUUAAGAAUUCAUGUCAUGUGGAGUAAUCUUAAAUCCCUAAAAGGAUCCCGGUGCUACUAGCUACGUGUGCAACCAUAAAUGACAAUUGAACGUAUAGGGAUGCUAUAGUUGAGCAGCUCGACUCACUUAAAAUUUAGUUAACGUUUGACUUCAACUCGAACUUGAGUUGAAAACUUAAUAAAUCGAGUCGAAUAAGGUCUAAACUUGAUAUGUUUCGUGAGUAGCUUGUUAAUUAGUUUUUAAGAUUGAUUAUGUAUUAUUAAGAUAUUUUUUCAAGAAUGGUUGUAAUAUAUCAUUUUGAUGUAUUUGUGUGUUAUUA